AGCGUGGUAGCUUUACAUGGAAAAUGCUUGGAAAUUGUGUUGCUAACACUGCCGGGUCGGGCUAGCUACAUUUUAGCUAGCUAGCUACCAACCAUUAGCACGACGGUAGUCCUUAUUCCCGGAGUUACCCAGCAAAACUCUUUGUCGGGAUUCGUUAUAUUUCAGUGCUAUAUAUGUCGUUACGAUGUAUGGUGUGCUAUUGUCGCCUUUUAAUUUUUACAGGGCAGUGGGGAGACUAGGAAGCUAAUAUUAGCUGGCUAGGUUAAGUAGCACAACAUAGCUAACGGAUUAUGGCGCCCCGUUUACAGUUGGAGAAAGCGGCUUGGCGUUGGGUGGAAACUGUAAAACCAGAAGAAAUCAGGCUGGAACAUAUCGAGCUAGCAUAUCGCGUCAAUCUCCCGGCCUGCAAGAGAGCAACCUGCAGGAGGAACUGUAAAGGGAAUCCCAACUGUCUUGUGGGGAUUGGUGAACAGGCGUGGCUUGGGGAUAUUGAUGAAAAUGCUUUUCACAAUAUUGAUGACCCAAAUUCAGAGCGUCGAGACAAGAACACAUUUGUUGGCUUGACAAACCUGGGUGCAACAUGUUACGUCAACACAUUCCUGCAAGUUUGGUUCCACAACCUGGAGCUGCGUAGGAGUCUCUAUCAGUGCCACAAUUCCCGAGCACAGGAACACAAUAUUGAGUCCGAUUACGAGCCUCAGUCCAUCUGUGAGCAUCUGCAGUAUCUGUUUGCACUCCUGCAGAACAGCAACAGAAAAUACAUCGACCCUUCAGGGCUGGUUAAAGCACUGGGCCUGGACACAGGACAGCAGCAGGAUGCCCAGGAGUUUUCAAAACUUUUCUUGUCUCUAUUGGAGGAUACGCUGUCCAAGCAAAAGAGCCCCAACCUGCAGAAUGUCAUCCAGCGGCAAUUCUGUGGACAGUUCUCCUAUGUUACUGUAUGUAACCAGUGUGGACGAUCAUCUGCGCUGCCGUCCCGAUUCUACGAGUUGGAGCUGAACAUCCAGGGUCAUAAGAACCUCACAGAGUGUGUCACAGAGUUCCUGAAGGAAGAGAAGCUGGAUGGGGAGAACCGCUACUUCUGUGAGAGCUGUCAGAGUAAACAGAGCGCCACCCGAAGGAUCAGACUGCACAACCUUCCUCCAACCCUCAACCUGCAGCUCAUGCGCUUUGUCUUUGAUAGACAAACAGGCCACAAGAAGAAGCUCAACACCUUUAUCAGUUUUCCAGAGCAGCUGGAUAUGGGGCCUUUCUUGGAAGGAAAAGAAGACCAGAAGUGUGUUUAUGAGCUGAGUGCGGUGCUCAUCCAUCGGGGCAUCAGUGCCUACUCGGGCCACUACAUUGCCCAUGUGAAGGAUGCUCGCACUGGCGACUGGUACAAAUUCAAUGAUGAGGAAAUUGAGAAAAUGGAAGGCAAGAAGCUGCAGCUUGGCACUGAGGAGGACAUUGCUGAGACAGUCAAGUCCCAGGCACGAAAGCCAAAGUGCAGUAAAGGCUACCACUGCUCCAGGAAUGCCUACAUGCUGGUGUAUAAGGUCCAGGAAGAGGAGAAUGCAGAUCCCUCUGUGACCAAUGUCGAGGUACCAGCCUUCCUUCAGAGGUUGGUGGACCAAGACAACCAUAAGUUUGAGGAGUGGUGCUGUGAGAUGGCCGACAUGAGAAAACAGAGUGUGGAUAAGGGCAAAGCCAAGCAUGAGGAGGUGAAGGAGCUCUACGAGCUUUUACCCGCAAAAGACGGCGAGCCAUAUGAGUUUAUUCCCCUGGACUGGUUGAAAAAGUGGCUAGAGGACUCCCCUUCUACAACAGAGAUCGACAACUCCCUUUUCCUUUGUUCUCACGGCAAACUGCACCCAGACAAGGUGGCCGACUCCAAGAGGGUUUCCCUGCAAGCUGCUCAGCUCCUCUACGACCGCUACAGUGGAGGGCCGCGACUGGACGGCUCCUCUCUGUGUAGAGAGUGUGUUAGCCAACGGUGCAGAGUGCUGCGGCUGAAGAACCAGCUCAACGAAGAUUUCAAAGAAAUCACCAACCUCGUCAAGCGCACGCUCAGUGGUGAGGGCUACUGGGUGAGCAAGUCAUCUCUGCGUAGCUGGAGGCAGUUGGCUUUAGAACAGCUAGAGGAGGACGAACAUGAAACCAAACACAACAAUGGCCAGAUCAAUGGACAGGGACCACACAACAACAUCAAAGAGUUCGGCUCAGAGCUCUCAGAGGGCAACGAGGACGAGAUGAAGACUUUCAACGAAGACAUUGUCUGCUGUCACGGGGGUCUGAGUAUUUUGGAGACUGAACGGAAGCUGGUUUCCUCUGAAGUUUGGACCAAGCUGAGGGAAUACUUUCCCAAAGCCCCAGAAUUCACCCAAAUCAAAGAGUCCUGUCAGCAGUGCCUGACAUUAGAGCAGGAAGAAAAGGACAACGAGGCAGUGAGUAAGAUGAUGGCCCUGGACCAGAAGAACCAACUGCUCAACCUCUUUCAUGAAAAGAACCGACCAACACUCGCCAAGUGGCCUCAGGACACAGACGUUCUUUACAUAGUCCCUCUGUAUUUUGUGGAUGAGUGGAGAAAAUUCAUCAGGAGGCCUACUAAAUCCUCUCCGGUGUCUAACGUGGGCAACACUCUGCUACUCUGUCCCCACGGAGGCUUCAUGUUCACCUAUGACUCCCUCAUCAACGGAGAUGCACAACAUGUAGCUCUGCUCUGGCCCAGCGAAUGGGAAGUGAUCAGCAGACUCUUCAUUGUGGACCAACCAAUCUCCAUCCACUGCUUCAAACAGACCACACUAAGUGAUCCCACCCCUCCAUACACUACUCAGCCUGAUCUGUGUUGGGAGUGCAGAGAGAGCUUCCUUUUCCAGCAGCAGAGGGAUCUCAGAGAGUAUACACAAGCAACCAUCUACAUCCGCAAAGUCCUCGAAGAUCAGAGGAUGAUAAAAGAAGCAGCUCCAGAACUGAACGCCAGCAGCUCUGAGGCAGAGGAGGAGAAGGAAGAACAUCCAAAAAUGGAUGGAGAGGGCGACCAAGACUUCAGCCAGUCACAAGAUGGUGCAAAGCGGAUUAAGUUGGAUGACAGCAGCAUGGCAUCAGCAGCUGUACUUCCUGUGACCAACAUGACCAAACUAGGUGGAAUCAGGAGAAGCACUCGACACAGGAAACUUCGAGGAGAGAAAGCACUCAUCGUUUCAGCUAAUCAGACACUUAAAGAGCUCAAAAUACAGAUUAUGCACGCCUUCUCUGUGGCUCCGUUUGACCAGAACCUCUCCAUUGACGGAAAAAGUCUGACAGAUGACUCGGCCACACUGGGUAGUCUGGGCGUCAUCCCCGAAAGCAUUAUCUGUCUAAAGGCUGAUGAGCCAAUAGCAGACUAUGAUGCAAUGGAUGAUGUCUAUCAGGGUGAAUGCUGUCAUAUUUACCUCCAAUACAUUACAUUACCUUGUUCAAAAAAAAUUUUUAAAGUCAAUUAUGAUAACACUGUUUCUCAACUACUUCCUUCACAGUGAGUAUGCCUGAGGAGGGAUUUAAAGGCACUGGGCUUCUCGGGCACUGAGGAAAGCUGCUGUAGCUAUGCUUGAAUGGGACGGAUGACCGAUGGAUAUAAAAAAAAAAGAAGCUUGAAUUUGUCAAGUGUCCAUAUAUAAAUAAAUAAGUGCUUUAAUUUGUUUUUUUUACGUUUUAAGUAGGCUUCCUUUAAUAAAACUGUGACUAUGUUGCAAAGCCGCUGUUUUGCUCUACAUAAGGUUAGCUGGCCUUUGAUAUUUAAAACUCCUAAUCAUUCUGAAGGACUGCGUGGCAGUGCUUCUACCUGACUAAUACUAUCUGGUUGAGGAAGCUAAGUGGAUCUGUUCUACUAUUACUCAAGAAAAUGAGCUUUGUUUAUCACUCUUUUAAAUUAUGGCAGAAAUAAAAAAAUUAAGGACAAUGUUCUUUCUUUCUAUUACGUGGAAGCUUGUGUUCUCACUUCAGAGUUUCCAGGUUUGUCGAAAGAAUGCACGAGUAACUGUUAAGUAUUACAAAUAUAACUGCUCUUAAAUGUUAGAACAUUUAUUACCUCUACAGCAAAUCUAUAUCCAUAUACUCCAUGUGGGAUUUAGAGAUACAUAGCUACACGGUAUGUAUAGAGGCUGAUUCCUGCACGAGGUUCAGCAGUGCAAACCUCAGAGGUGGAAGUGAGAAAUGGAAUGCAAGCAGUGAUAUGUGCUGUUCUUUUCACUGUUCUUUCUUAUGGACAAUAAAGUUAUUUUCAAAGCA